CCUCCCCCGUCCCUGAUGUCACAAUUCAGAGGCUGCUGCCUGCCUGGGAAGUUGUAGAAAGCUCUGCAGAUUUUCUCUGUGUGUCUACAGGGCUCCCUGAGCCAGGUCCCUGUCUGAUGGCGUUUAUGAAAAAAUACCUCCUCCCCAUUCUGGUGCUCUUCUUGGGCUACUACUAUUCUACAAAAGAAGAGUUCAGACCAGAAAUGCUCCAAGGGAAGAAAGUGAUUGUCACGGGGGCCAGCAAAGGGAUCGGGAGAGAAAUGGCAUAUCAUCUGUCAACGAUGGGAGCCCAUGUGGUAUUGACUGCGAGGUCUGAGGAAGGUCUCCAGAAGGUGGUGUCUCGCUGCCUUGAACUUGGAGCAGCCUCUGCUCACUACAUUGCUGGCACCAUGGAAGACAUGAUGUUUGCAGAGCAAUUUGUUCUCAAAGCAGGAAAGCUCAUGGGUGGACUGGACAUGCUCAUUCUCAACCACAUCACUUACACCCCUAUGACUUUCUUCCACAAUGAUAUCCACUCUUUGCGAAAAAUCAUGGAGGUCAACUUCAUCAGCUACGUGGUCCUGAGCGUCGCUGCCUUGCCCAUGCUGAAGCAGAGCAAUGGCAGCAUUGUCGUCAUCUCCUCCGUAGCCGGGAAAAUGGCCCAGCCGAUGUUGGCUCCCUACUCUGCAAGCAAGUUUGCUCUAGACGGGUUCUUUUCUACCGUUAGAAAAGAACACAUAAUGACUAAAGUCAACGUGUCCAUCACUCUCUGUGUUCUUGGCCUCAUAAAUACAGAAACGGCCAUGAAGGCAACCUCUGGUAUAUUCACUGUCCAAGCUGCUCCCAAGGAGGAAUGCGCCCUGGAGAUCAUCAAAGGCGCAGCUCUGCGGAAAGAUGAGGUGUACUAUGGCAACUGGAGAUGGAGCUCUGUCCUACUUAGUAACCCAGGAAGGAAGAUCCUGGAAUUUUUUUCAAUAAAGAACUAUAACUUAGAUUUGUAAGCAACUAGGAACUUCUAAGGCCUAGCAGAAGUCUUGGAACAGUUCUACCUGAUAUUUCUGUGAGCCCCACCCAUGAAAGCACAUUCCCAGAGAUAUACAAAUCUUGGGGUACCCCUCAUCAUGAGAAAAAGUUCCUCUGACACUUGCACAGUGGAAACAUAAUUAUAAUAAAUGUCACGAACCACUCUGGA